UCGAUCUUUGAUAGUACUUAGUCGAUGACUGAGAAAGCAACAGGAAGCGACCACGAACGGUUCCAUUCGGAGAUCACUUUGCGCUCAAAACCGCCGUGUUUUGGCGCCAAAUCGUUUGGGCGAUAGAAAUUAAUAUAAACUGUUGUAAUCGGCUAAUUCAAUCGCAUUCAUCAACACCAGGUCUUCGCUGGAAUAAAAAAAAAACGUUAAGGAAUCUUUACGAUCACACGCGUAUUAUUCUCUCGUUGAUUUCUUUCCUUGAGAAAAAUGGAGGAUUCUAUGACAGCGCGUCUGAAGAAGCUCGUGACUGACGGUAACGAAGCCCUGGAGCUCAGGUUAAUCCGUAAUCUCGACGAUUUGCACUCGGAGAAGGCUGCUUUCAAGCCAGAGAUGACUCACCAGGUGUUCGGAGACAGGGAAAUGAUAUUUGGUUAUCUGGAUCUGAAAGUACAACUGUUCUACUCGGCCGGUUGCUUGGAAACAUAUUUGGGAAUGAAAUAUACAGAAAAAGUGAAUGGGGAACAUGAAGGAGUUGAACCCGAUGAGGUAUUGACAAAGAUUGCCCCAUGGCUGGCCCCUGACGCUCACUGCAGCUUGGCCAGUUUUACCAAAGCACUUGCCAAGGAUGAUACAUUUAUACCACAUGGAGAAUUGAUGCACUCUUUUUCAAUCGAUGAUAAAGGCACCACGAGGCAAUUUGUAGUCUACAAGGCAGAUAUGAGUUACAAAGGAUAUAGGGAGUAUCAUCAGAGGAUUCAAACAUUCCUUCUUUGGUACAUAGAUGCAGCUCUUUUUAUUGAUCUCGAUGAUGAACAAUGGCAGUAUUUUAAUCUAUUCGAAAAAUAUACGACACCUAUGGGUAAUACUCGAUAUGCGACGAUUGGUUUUGCCACAGUGUAUCGAUAUUAUGCUUAUCCGCAGCAUAUUCGGCCGCGUAUUGCGCAGUUUUUAAUUUUUCCACCGUUUCAAAGGAUAGGUCUUGGCAAACAUUUGCUGCAAGCGAUUUAUCGCGAAUACAUUGGCAGGCGUGAUGUUAAGGAUAUAACAGUGGAGAGUCCGUCCGAUGUGUUUCAACGGCUGCGAAACUAUGUAGAUGCCUUAAACUGCAGCUCAUUGUCCAGUUUUUCGCCGAAUCGUUUGCAGAAAGGCUUUGACAAUGAAAUGAUCCUUGAAGCUAAGAAUAAAUUUAAAAUUAACAAGAAGCAGGCUCGCAUAGUGUAUGAGAUCCUAAGAUUGCAGGCGACGAAUGUUGCGAACGCGGAUGAAUAUCGGGCGUACAGAAUAGACGUGAAGAAAAGACUGAAUAUACCGUUUAAGAGAAAACAGAACGAGGAGCUAAAAAUAGAACGCGCUUUGAAGAAUGCUGCGGAUAAAAGCACAUAUACGAAUGGUAAUGGUCUGCCGUCCGAUGAGCAACGUAAAGAAAUACUGGAAAAGGAAUAUCGGUUCUUGGAAGAGGAAUACAAGAUGGUCAUCAAGCGAUUGGAAUACGAUUCCUCUGAGCUGUGAAAUGUGUGAAAUUGAAUACGCAUUAAUUAAGAAAUUUUUAAACUGUGAAAACGAAAUAUUAAUUUCCAACGUUUUAUAUUUGUGUACAGAUGUUUUUGUUCAUUAAAAUUUGUCUUGCUUUUCUAUUUCUCGUGA